AUGGCCAUGACAGUUCCCGCCGAUGCAGGAAUUGAGUUUACAUCCAACGGGUCUGGAAGAGAUUCGCUGGUCAUGGUGGACAUUGAUGAGCAGCCAGAAGCCGCAGAGGACGAGGAAGCGGACGCUGAGAAAGCACGCUGGGAGGCUUUGCUUCAUCAUGCGGAUCCCGGCUCUUCUCAUGGACCCAUCCAUGCCUUCUUUGACUUCUUGGAUCAUCUUAGCGAGAAGAUGCGGGAUGAGAUGGAGUCAACUUUCGCCCACUUGGGCCUCCUUCUCGCCGAUCAUGCUUGCAAGUUCUGCUUUGCGGGGAUCCUGUUCGCAUUGGUCUGCAUGACAGGGCUACCUCUUGUAUCCUUUGCAGACGACUUUUACGAGCUGGUGUCUUGGCGGACUUUCGUGCUGGAGCAGAAUUCACAGACCGCAUUGGACUACUUUGAAGGAGAAGAGAUUUUCAAAGCCUCUGUGCCGGAGUUGGAGCGUCAAGUGACAGUCAUGUACUCAAUACCAGGAGGGAAGAACCUUCUGGAGUCGCCAUACUACGAGCAAGCACUCGCGAUUCACCGUGAAAUUCUCACGAACGUGACCGGCAAAAAACACAAUGAGGUCUACGAGAAGCAUUGCAAUCGCUUCUUCGACAACCCAAACGAGUCUUGCAUCGUGUUUUGUCCUCUGGAUCCUCCUUACCAAGUAGAACUGCACAGGGGAGGACGAGGCUUCCGAAACUCGACCUUCUCAAGGCUGGGUGCAGCGGCACGACCCGAGCAGAACUUGGACCCGGAGGAGGAUUAUGGACACUUUGAGUUUACAGACAGCUUCUAUUGCAACUAUGAGUCGCUGUCAGAUGAUUGGAAGGUGGGAGCUGUCCUGUGGGCAGUGGAGCAUCGCAAAACAUCUUCAGUUGAUGUUCAGAUCUCAGCUACUUCCUCGGUGUUUGAGUUUUCGGAAACUAUGAGGGGGCUCGUCAGCGAGGGCUAUUUGUUCGUGGUUGGAUUUGUCUUGGUAUGGUUGUUCUGUGGAAUGGCGAUGCACUUCAUCAACUUCGAGAAUCACUCGUUGUGCAAUGCCACGAACUGGUUCACAGCCACAAUAUGCAUAGCGAGUGCCAUGCUCGCAGUGUUGUCGGCUAUUGGCCUUUGCGGCUACUUGACCAUCCAGGGGCUCAAGCUCACACCUUCAUCUUUGUAUGUGUCCUUCAUGAUUCUAGGCCAUGCCGUCGACGACAUGAUGAUCUUGGCUGGUCUCUUUUUCGAAGUUCCCAAAGACCAUUCCUUGGCUGAGCGGCUUGCUGCGAGCUUUGGCUCAUCAGCAACUUCCAUCACGCUCACAAGCAUCACCACCUUGGCCGGCUUUCUCGCCGGAAGCGCAAUAGACAUGGUUUGGAUUAGUUCCUUCGCUCAGGUUGGGGCUUUGGCAGUGGUGGCAGACUACAUAAUCCAGCUCACUUUCUUCUCUGGAGCCUUUGCCGCAUUCCAGAGAAGCUGCAGCAAGUUGGAAACCUCCACAAAGGAUCGAGGCCAUGCCCAUUCUGCCCUGGAGACCUACGCCAGGUGGUCGGCUCACAGCGCAGCAUGCAAAGGCGUUACUCUGCUUGUGUUCAUCGUGCUGGUCUUUGUUGCUCUUUACGGAACCCAGAAUCUGGACGCUGCCUUUCACAACAAGGUGAACGUGCCUGAUGAUUCGCAUUACCAGACCUUCCUGCAGGACGGAUUGCACUACAUGGGAGAGUACGGAACAGGUCCAGUGUACUUGGUUAUGAAACACGAGGUCCUUCCAGGCCCAGAUGUUAUGAGAGCCACAGCAGAAUAUGCACAGCGAAUCAGAGAGCUGAAUGGCCAGAAGCCCUACAAGGCGACUUCUGCGGAUUGGACGGUGGCGAUGCAACUCUGGAUGGCCAUCGAGUCCCAUGCGGAACGCCUAAGAGUUCGCACGAACACCACCGCCUUUGGUGUGGCGAUUCAACAAGUCCUCGACGGUACGCUCCGAGAUCAGUAUGGAGGCUUGGCCAAGCAGUGGCAAAACGUUGGCGUGGCCUACGCUGCAAGCGGGCUUGCUGUGCAAGCGGCUCUAGCGGAAGUACACGGCAUGGCCCAAGACUUGCACCAAGGCCCACACCAAGUGCUCGAGAGCAUAAAUGCUGCCCUGCAUGAAGUGCAGGUGGCCCUCAACGCAACUCGACACGCCUAUGGCAACUUCACUCAGGAGCUCGGGUUAGGUUUGCAGACCGCGCUUACUGCUGGGCUUGCCCACCUCCAUGCUGCGGCUGACGCCUACGACGCCGGAGCCGCCGGAUCAGCAGAAAGUCUCCUGCAGCAGGCUGAAGCUGCCCUGAAUUUAUCGAGUUUCUCCGCGCCUGGCAUCUCCAUAGGAAUCUCCUUGAACUCUUCCUUGAACUCUUCCAUCGGAUAUUUGGAGGAGGUCGCGACGCAGCUCCUCGACUCGGUCUACGCCUUCAAUGCCUCCCUGGAAGCGCGGACGCAGCACGCCGCUGCGUCCUUGCGCGUUGCAGCUGCGAGCUGCUAUCAGGCUUUGCCAAGUGAUGAUCGCCUUCUGGCAAAGUACUUCAUACAGUUCGGGCAGCGAGAGUUUCUAAGACGACUCGGCGACCUGAUGGGGUACAUGGCUGAUCCAGUGGUGGAAGUCGUUGUCAGGCAGUGGUGGAACACAACCCUGUUCCCGAUGGAAGUGGUUGGUGUCCAUGCGAGAAACACAGCGGCGACGCUGAGAGCCAUGCAGCAGGCUGCGGAGACCUUCACAUCCGAGCCUUUAGCUCCCGUGGCUGCAGCUUGCGCAGAACUCCGGAACCUUUUAGCUGCUUCUCCGGAUGCGGCCUUCAACUCACGGGCGGUCCGUGCUCUUGGAGAUCUCGUAGCAUCCGCAGCAGCUUACGCCGGAGAUGAGACCAGCUUGGCCCACGUUGAGCAGCACUAUGAGGAUGGAGCGUACAGAGAUCCAGGUGCAGACGACGUGUGUUCCCCAGAAGAAGUCACCUUGGAAACCUUGCGCCGUGGCCUCGCUCAUGGCGUGGCCCACUACCGUUCGACGGUGAUUUGGAAUGCCUUUUCGAAUUACUCGAUGGCAGGAGCCCAAAGAUGGCUGACGAGCAUUGUUGGCCGUUCCGUGAACCUGCACACGCCGCAAGCAGUCAGUGCCACCCGGAGGUUCGGGGGCUACCAGUGGCUCUCCUUGGCAGGCGAACGCGAUCAGGUCGCGCGGGAGCGAGACGCAGAGCGCAAGGCAGACCAGGCUGACAGAGCUGUUGCGGCGGCACGCCGCAUGCGGCUGGCCAGGGAAGCCACUGCAGAAGUCUGGGAAGCUGUGGACAACUUUGAGGAGAGCUUCGGCACGGAAAUGGAAGGCGUGGUUUACGACGAGGAUCUGAAGCCAGGUCUGCUUAAGGCAGAAGAAGUGAGGCGCCCAGGAUUUCCAUUUAUCGCGAACGCAAACCAGACCUGGGCCGUGUUCCAGAGUCUAUUGAGCAAAGACUUCCAGACAAAGUUGCUUGACGAUUUGGAAGCAGCAGACCCACGAGAGCAUGGCACCGUGUUGCAGAACGGCCAAAUCGCGGCGCAGAUGAGGAGAAUCCAAAGAGCUAGCUCGCGCUCGCAAAGCUUUGGAGACCGCAUGUGGGGCUGGUCUGCCGCGAGCUGGGAAUCAAAAGAGUCAUUCCUCGCAGCCUUCCGCCUUGAUGACAUGCUGCAGGAGAGGCAGUCUGCAAGAGAUGCCAGACAUGGCGACAGGAGUGAAGAUGACUUGGGUUCAGUCAAGGCCUACGGGCUCCCUGAUGACAGCCUGGGCGAUCUUCUUGCAGAUAGCGUGAAACGGGAGAGGUCUGCGCGCCAUCUGUCCAGGGAAGCCAGCGGUUCGCAGGAAGCAUGGCAGAGCUUAGAGGACCAGGGGAAGGCAAACAGGAGCUCACCGGAAGGAGCGGAAGGAGCGGAAGGAGCCGGCGCAACUUCCUUGCUGCUCCUUCUUGAAGCAUUUCUCCAUGGGAAGAGAAGUGUUCCUUCGCCCAACGACCUCAAGCUUCAGAUUGCCAUACUGCACAACAAUGACUUGAGGACCAGCGCCGCCCAGCGCGAGGAGUUGGAGGACCUCCGGGACGCCUUCCGCCUGAGCCAGAUGGAGGGGGCCCUCUCCUACCUCUACUUUGCCAGGGCCGGGGCCUGGCUUCAGAAUCUUGAGAUGAAUCUUCAGAGGCUUCAGGCUUCCCAGCCUUCCGACACAUCCAGUAUGACCAGUAACUCCAGUAGCUCCAGUAUGUCCACAAUGUCCACAAUGUCCACUCUGCCCACUCUGUAUCCGGAGCUCCACCUGGCCUUCCUGGGCCAUGCGCGCCGGCACCUGGAUGAGAUGGAGCAGGACAUGAGGUACAAGGCCGGCACCUUGAGUGACAUGGACUUGGACACCCUGGCUGCGGACCUUGAAGCAGUGGCCUCCAACUUAACCCAAUCAAUCGUGACGCUCUUGUUCAACCAAACCGCACUGGAUACCUUCCACACCGCGAGUGUAUUCAGUGAAGCUGCUGUCAUGAACCAAGCAUUGGCUCCACACGUCAAGCCAGAUGUUGUCGUGGAUGAAGAUGGUGGUCGGGAUCGGAAGGGCACGAUGCGUGUCCAGUGGACCAGAGUCAAAAUCCCCUUCCGAGCGAAGGUAUUCUGGACCGAAGACAGCUUCGAGGAAGACCACAAGGCAAGUUUGGAGGCUCGUCGGUUGGCUCAGGAGUGGGCCUCGGAGGUGAAGCGCUUGCAGGAGCGCCACACAAACUAUUGGAAGGACGUCUCCUUUGGUGACCCGUGGGAGGUUGGGAGGGCUUUCUCCUCGGGACACGUCUUCAGGGUCUUGGACUCCAAGCAAAGUCUGCUGAACAACACUAUGGCCAGCUUGAUUAACGUGAACAUCCUGAUGGCAGUGUUCUGCUUCCUGUUCCUGGGGCCACGUUUGGGUCUACUUUUGGCCCCGUGCAUCGCCAUGCUGACUCUGAUGACCUUCGGCCUCUACGGCUUCUUUGGCUUCAAGAUCGACUUCGUCUUGGCUUUGGCCUUGCUCAUUUCUUCGGGCACGACGAUUGACUUCAUCCUUCACUUCGUUGUGGCAGCUGCUUCCUGCACGCCGGCCAGCAGCGCCAUCCGUGUCUCAGGGUCUCAGCGCUACGUCGUUGCGAUGAAAAGUGCGGGUGUUGGCAUCUUGGCUUCUUACGUUACUACACUGGCAGGCAUUCUCCCAAUGGGCUUUGCCAAGUUGGCUUCCAUCAGGGCGCUGUUCAGGGCUUACGUCAUCAGCUUGAACAUCGGCGUCUUUUUUGGCCUGGUUGUCAUCCCUCUCGUCUCCGUGUACGUCUACGGUGUCGACCUUGCUCCUCGCGGUGCCACGAAGACUCAGAAGGCCGAAGAGCACGAAGUGCAAGGCUCCGGAGCCCGCCUGGUCAAGAAGAAGCAGGAGAAGGAAGAGAAGGACCUCCAGGGAUACUCGUAUGACUCGGUGGGACACCUGCGGGAUUCUCUGGGGAUGCUCAGCCUUCUCGGAGAACGCCAUUCGAUCUUCGACGGGAGCUUAUGCUUUGGUUCUUUCUGUACGAUGCGACAUGAGUUGCGCAACGGGCUCCAAGGCAACGCAGUUGGCGCAGGUGGCCUCAGGUGGCGCGGGGCGCGGCCCUACCAGAAAACAUGCAAAGAAGAUGAAGUUGUCUUGGCGCCAGCUGCCCUGGCGGACACUAACUACAGUGCUUCCACGAAGACCUGGGCCAUGGCUCGGCACGAGCGGUGGGACAGCGGCUGGUCCGGCUGGACCGGAAACUGGUGGGGUGAGACAGGUGAAGCCUCGGACACCAGCUGGUCCCAAGUUCAGCUCAAGCGAUGGGGCCACGAUGAAGGUUACUGGGAAGGGCGCGAUGGAAGGGCCUCUUGGCGCCAGGAUCAAGGUGUCUGGCAGAGCUGGAAGGACUGGUCCAGCAAGGAAGACCAAGGUGCCUGGCAACACAACAAAGACUGGCACGUGGAGGGAUCCUCGCCAAGCAGCCAGGAUGAAGGUUCGAGUAACUCUUAUACGCCGGGCGAACAGAAGCCGGUAGGUAGCCCUCGCAAGCCUCGCGCCAAAGUGAAGUCUCGGCUCUUCGCCACCGCUUUGGCAGCCACCGUUCAACCUUCGAGGUGCCGUCGGCCACAACCCUUGGAGCAGUCGCCGUCGGAGCCUGUGGUUGAGGAGAAGGAGCUGGCGGAGCAGGCCGAGCCGGUUGCUGAGCCCGUGCAAGCAGUGGAGGUCCAGCCAAAGCGCUGGGCACCCUGCUUCAGAGAGAGCGACGUGACGAUGGGAUACGGGAUGGGUCGUGUGGACCCGUUUUCCGUGGGCUACGCCUGUCGAGACAUCCCAGACAGACAGCCCGAGGGUCGCAACGUCAACAAGCCGCUCAACAGGGUCUGGCAAGAGGUGAAGGUGAACCAGUGCGAGGACAUCUGCUACCUCGGCUACGAGCACCCCAUCGAGGUGUUUCGAGCCGUGUCCGCCGAGGGACAGGAGCAACUGUUCACCAUUCAAGGGUGGAAGCUGCAGCUCCUCCAAGUGGCGGCCUUGGCGAGGCACCCCAAGAAGGCCAUUAUCCAACCCAAGUUUGUCUUGGAGGAAGCGGACAUCGGAGCGAUUCUGGCCGAAGCCGAUAUACCCGAGGAUUUCAAUACGGUGCACAUCGUCGGCGAGGAUGGCGUCCGGCCUUUCUCCUGGGAGACCAUCGUGAAACAAAAGCGCGCGAAGCCAAAGGUGGCGCGGGGCGGGGGCUCGCGCUACAGUGCUUCCACGAAGACCUGGGCCAUGGCUCGGCACGAGCGGUGGGACAGCGGCUGGUCCGGCUGGACCGGAAACUGGUGGGGUGAGACAGGUGAAGCCUCGGACACCAGCUGGUCCCAAGUUCAGCUCAAGCGAUGGGGCCACGAUGAAGGCCAGUCAUGGCACCAAAGACAAGAGCGCCACUUUGAAGGUGCUUGGCACGAGCACCGCAGCGGAAGGUCCUCCUGGCAUCAGGAUCAAGGUUACUGGGAAGGGCGCGAUGGAAGGGCCUCUUGGCGCCAGGAUCAAGGUGUCUGGCAGAGCUGGAAGGACUGGUCCAGCAAGGAAGACCAAGGUGCCUGGCAACACAACAAAGACUGGCACGUGGAGGGAUCCUCGCCAAGCAGCCAGGAUGAAGGUUCGAGUAACUCUUAUACGCCGGGCGAACAGAAGCCGGUAGGUAGCCCUCGCAAGCCUCGCGCCAAAGUGAAGUCUCGGCUCUUCGCCACCGCUUUGGCAGCCACCGUUCAACCUUCGAGGUGCCGUCGGCCACAACCCUUGGAGCAGUCGCCGUCGGAGCCUGUGGUUGAGGAGAAGGAGCUGGCGGAGCAGGCCGAGCCGGUUGCUGAGCCCGUGCAAGCAGUGGAGGUCCAGCCAAAGCGCUGGGCACCCUGCUUCAGAGAGAGCGACGUGACGAUGGGAUACGGGAUGGGUCGUGUGGACCCGUUUUCCGUGGGCUACGCCUGUCGAGACAUCCCAGACAGACAGCCCGAGGGUCGCAACGUCAACAAGCCGCUCAACAGGGUCUGGCAAGAGGUGAAGGUGAACCAGUGCGAGGACAUCUGCUACCUCGGCUACGAGCACCCCAUCGAGGUGUUUCGAGCCGUGUCCGCCGAGGGACAGGAGCAACUGUUCACCACUCAAGGGUGGAAGCUGCAGCUCCUCCAAGUGGCGGCCUUGGCGAGGCACCCCAAGAAGGCCAUUAUCCAACCCAAGUUUGUGAUGGAGGAAGCGGACAUCGGAGCGAUUCUGGCCGAAGCCGAUAUACCCGAGGAUUUCAAUACGGUGCACAUCGUCGGCGAGGAUGGCGUCCGGCCUUUCUCCUGGGAGACCAUCGUGAAACAAAAGCGCGCGAAGCCAAAGGCUUGA